AAGCCUCUGACUCUAGCAGUUGCUUGAUGGGUUGGUGACGGUGGUGCGUGUGGAGAGAGACGGCUGGGGCUUGGAGUAGCACCACUGAAAUGCACCAGUCGUUCGUAUCAAUUUCGGAAUUCUUUCCCGAGGCUCUUGUGAAUAACAAUUACAGCAUGCAAUGACUUUACAAUUACAGCAUGCAAUGACUUUUCACCCGUGGAUACAUCAUCCGCUUUAGUUUAUUUGCUUGCUUUAUUUAGUUUUUCGUUUUAGGUGAAUGGCGAGGAUACUUGAGGUACCAUCGAGAGUGAGUGGUUUUGGCAAUAUGUGUUGCUGCAAUAUGGUAUGCAACCGCAAGGCUUAUGGAAUAUAGCCUGAUUUGUCACAAUCUGUAUGCGUUCUCAUUCAGCCCGGUGAAAAAUAAACUCUUUCUGCUCGGCAUCAUGUUUUUACUCUGGGUAUAUAUGCUUUACUACUGCGUUGGCUACUGUGCCACCAUGCCUAGUUUGGUCGUGGACAAUUACCGGGGAAAAGAGACUGUGACGGGGUCCGUGGUCGGUAAAAGGACAGAGAAUAACGGCAGAGAGGACCUCAUGUCCAGACUGCUCCCUAAACUCCAAACCUGGGUGGAUAUAGAAUCCGAUUACGACGAACCAUCCGUCCGGACCUCCUCCAGAGACUUGCUCAAUAAAGAGAUAGACGCGUACAGAGGAGCCGAGGACUGGGAUGAGAUGAGGGGUGAGGGGCAGAGAGCUCCUGAGCCCGAUGCGAUGUCAAGUUUCUCCAACGGCUUGGGGAGCAAGAAACUGCCGCAGGCGAUCAUCAUCGGGGUGAAGAAAGGAGGGACGCGCGCACUGCUCGAGUUCCUCCGGGUGCAUCCAGACAUCAGAGCCGUGGGAGCCGAGCCGCACUUCUUCGACCGCAACUUCGAGAACGGACUGGAGUGGUACAGGGAGCUGAUGCCCAAGACCCUGGAGGGCCAGAUCACCAUGGAGAAGACCCCCAGCUACUUUGUGACCAGAGAGGCCCCGGCCCGGAUCUCCGCCAUGUCCCGGGACACCAAGCUGAUCGUGGUGGUGAGGGACCCCGUCACCAGGGCCAUCUCUGACUACACACAGACACUGUCCAAGAACCCAGACAUUCCCACCUUCGAGAGCCUGACCUUCAGAAACAGGACUAUGGGGCUAAUCGACACGUCCUGGAGCGCCAUCCAGAUUGGCAUCUAUGCCAAGCACCUGGACAACUGGCUGCAGUACUUCCCCAUGGGCCAGAUCCUGUUUGUGAGCGGUGAGCGUCUGAUCAGCGACCCAGCCGGAGAGCUGGGCCGGGUCCAGGACUUCCUGGGGCUCAAGAGGAUCAUCACAGACAAACACUUCUACUUCAACCAGACCAAGGGCUUCCCCUGCCUCAAGAAAGCUGAGGGCAGCAGCAAGCCCCACUGCCUGGGAAAAACCAAAGGGCGGACCCACCCCAACAUCCACCCAGAGGUGGUGCAGAGGCUACAGGACUUCUACAGGCCUUUCAACAUGAAGUUCUACCAGAUGACGGGACAUAACUUUGGUUGGGAUUGAUGGAUGAGAAUUUGGGAGGACACAUUGUUUAUUUUCUUCUCUGUAAUUCAAUGAAUGGCAAAUAAGACAUGGGAGAUGUUGCUAUAUAUAUGUAAAAUGUACAGAAAUCUAUUUUAUAAUAAUUUAUUUUUUAUUUCUAAGCAAUUAAUUCACUAAGCUGCCUAACCAUAUUUGUACAUGCAUAACAUCUGGCCCACACAUUGUUUUAGAUUUUUUUACAUUCCACAUUUAAUGUUUUGUUUCCUUACUCUUCCCUUCAUGGUCCCUCAUGUCAACUCAGUAGAGUUAAAAUGGUCCCUCAUGUCAACUCAGUAGAGUUAAAAUGGUCCCUCAUGUCAACUCAGUAGAGUUAUAAUGGUCCCUCAUGUCAACUCAGUAGAGUUAUAAUGGUCCCUCAUGUCAACUCAGUAGAGUUGAAAUAAGAAUAGAGGGAUAUUGAUUAAGGCCCCGUUUUAUGGGUAUAGAGUGAUUUAAACAUUUAAACAUUCAUAAUCAAUAGCCAUCAUCAAACCCUUCCUCGAUAGCCAUCAUCAAACCCUUCCUCAAUAGCCAUCAUCAAACCCUUCCUCAAUAGCCAUUAUCAAACCCUCCACCCCACAUUGCUCAUUGUCUAGUUAUUCCUAUCAGUUUCUGUUCCAUCCACUCAAACAUUGUGUUUCAUUGAAAUGAGGUCCUUUCAGUUACCACCAGUUACCCCCAUCCACAACCCAUUAUCCUACCGUCCCAUUGGCUUAACCAGCUGAUCUCUUGCCCUGUCAUUGGCCUAACCAGCUAAUCUGAUUUCUCUUUCACUUAAUAACAGGUGGAUCAAUAGGCCUAACUGCUGCUGAUUGUGUCAGCCAUGGUUAAAGUGUGGCCUUCCUCUGCUAGUGCUAGGUCUAAAUCCUAUUUCUGACCGCAUCACAUUGAUAGGGCUCCAUGUUGACAUGAUGCUAAUAGAAAACGUUACUGAGGCCCAUCGAUUCAGGUCUCCUCUCCGCUGUACUCUUGCACCAAUUACAAGACACUGUUGGCUCAGAGCCAGGGUUCAAAGGUCAUACACAAUCAAAUUUGCUCUGAGAGAUGUUUUAUUUGUUGAAGAGACAGAGAGGGGAGGACACUCUGGAUCAGGGGAGGACUGUAGUAUAGUCAUUGAAUGCAUCCCAAAUGGCACCCUAUUCCCUAUAUAGUGCAGUUCUUUAGACCAGAGCCCUGUGGCCCCUUGGUGAAAAGUAGUGCACUAUAAAGGGAAUAGGGUGCCAUUUGGGACUCCCAUUGUCUUCAUGGUACAGUGAGAAUGCUUGGCCUGAGUUGAUCUAGGAUCUAGCUGCGGCGUAUAUGUCUGAUACAGAUGAUAGAAAAGCCACGAGCUCUCUGCUUCACUGGAACACAGCAUCAACAAACAGGAUCGGCAGGCCUCAGAUCAGAUCUUUGGUAUGCGUCCCAAAUGGCACCGUGUUCCCUAGAGAGCACUGCUUUUGACCAGGUGUCAAAUGGCAAUACUUUCGGGCCUUGGUCUAAAUUAGUUCACUAUGUAGGGAAAAGGGUGCCAUUUGGAACACAUCCACAGACCAAAGGGAGAAGGAGGGUUUCUAAAGUGAUGUCUGCGGGAACGGCCUCGGGCGGAGCUACAGAACAGAACAUCACCGUUGUCAUGAUCAAACUUCAUUAUGGUAUGGUCUAUAUAGUUCUACACCCUGUCAUCAUCACAUUGUCUCAAUUCUCUUCUACUUGUUGCCAAAAAAAGACAUUUUCAGAGUAUACAGCUCGUUACCUAGGUUACACACUA